AUGAUAAAUGAUAUUGAGUUUUUGAUGCAGCAUUGUAAAAUGGGAGCAACAAAUCAGAGAAGAUAUCUAGAAAGUAAAUAUCCUUCUCAACCUAUUUAUAAUAAUGAUUUGUAUGCUGCUAUUAGCAAAUUUCGACCUACCAACAAGCAUCUUUUGAAUGACACUGCACAAAUGUUUAACUGGCUUGACAAUCAGAAAGAAAAAGAUCCAAGAUGGAUAGUAGCAAGAGAAUGGGAUGACAACAAUAUGCUUACACAUCUGAUGUGGAUGAUGCCAACUCAGAUGCCCUUGUCAUUGUUUGUAGAAUUUGAUAGGGAUAGACAAAACAUUCUUCUUGUGCAAGGGCUAGUUGUAGAUGAAAGUAAAGAUUCUCAUGUUUGGUUUUUUAAACAAAUUCUCAAGGUGACUAAUAUUCAGUCAACAGUAAUUUUAACAGAUUCAGAUUCUGCAGUUGAUGCUGCUGUAAAGGAAAUUUUCUUAAUAACAUACCUAAUACAUUGUACAUUUCACAUCACACAAAACCUUCAUAAAAAUCUUCAAAGUUUAAUUGGAAGUCAAUAUAGUAGUUUUCUUAAGGACUUCUAUCUAUAUAGAAAUAGUUUAGUUAAGACCACCUUUUACGAUCGAUUUACAAAGUUAAUUGAUGACUAUUCUAAGAAUAAGCAAAAUCAAUAUAAGUAUUGGAGACUUGCUAUACUGAUGGUCAAAAAUAUUGAGCAAGCAAACUUUUUGUUCACUGAGGUAAACAAAUGCUGCCAAAAAUUUUUAACUCCAACUAUUUUAAAGAUGCAGUGUAAUGAAAUCAAUCAAUCUCUUUAUUAUAAUGUACAUUUAUAUUCUCAAAACAUUACAUUUGAUGAUAAUAUUAUAUUUGAUAAUGAGGCUGAAAUUAUCAUGUCAAAUGCUAAAGAAGAUCAUAUUGAUAGUCCUAAAGUUACUAUACAACAAUUAUUGGAUGUAGUUGAACAGAGUAAUGUUAAUGAAAUAUGGGAAAUCAAAAUUGAAAAUUCAUUAAAAGAAAAGCACUACAUUGUUCUAUUAAAUAAUGAAACACAUCUGUGUUCAUGUCUUACAAUCAUUCAACAGGAUAAGGAUGCAUCACUUGAACUAUUUAUUAUCGGCAAUAAAUAUUACAAUGAAAUAGCUAAUUUUCAGCAAGAAAAUAAUAAACCUAUAACUUAUUUAUGUGCAAUUGACAAAGAGAAGAUAGAUCAUGCUGAGCAAAGAAUAAAUAUUCUUGAACAAAAGGCUCUAUAUAGCACUCUUCAUAGAAUGUAUAAAAAAGCUAUACAAAAAGCUUUACAAUCAAAAUCAAGUUCAAGACGUCUAAUUGAGGUAUUGCAAGAAUUUACCAACGAAAAUGAUGAAUUAUCUAGUGAAGACAGUCAAAUUGAAGAUUUUACAAGUGAUGAAGAAAACUUUUAG